ACAGCGACGCGAACGUCGCGGAGACGUGGAUCGCAUUACGGGCCACAUAAUCGCGAAAGGAACAGCCGGGGGGUACCAGUUGCUUCGCAACCAGUUGCUCGUGCCAAAGGGUGGCGGCCACCCCUCGCGUACUUUCAGCAAAGAAUCUCCCUCCCCCUCACCCACUCGUCUCCGGAUGGCCCCGUGAAACCACUGUGACGGUGUCCAGACACCGCGUACGACCGUGGAACCGAAGUCUUAUCCCCCCGGAAUCGUCUCACCCUACGCAACCGAGAUCCUUGUGGGGGCGAGUCGCAAACGCCACGCCUCCCUCGCGCGUCUAUAUAAGCCAUCGGGACGUUGUGGAGACCUCACUUGCAUCCCGGCCACGGUCAGGAGAGGGCACGCUAGCAUCCACGAGGACCCGUUACGCGUUACAUCCCCCCGGAAACCGUCGGUAGUCCUUGGGUCUCCAUUUUGGUAACCGUGUGAGAGGGAAACGAGGGAAAGAGGAAUCGAACGACGAGGAGCCAUGAAGUUCUGCUUAGUGUGGUUGCUAUGCUUCCUGGCCUUUCUCGCCGACAUGACCCUCGGUAGCCCCUAUUUCGACGAUGAAGACGAUGCAGCGCAGAUUGCAGCAGAUUCAGACUAUGCAGACAACGCGUUGGAGAACCUGAUGCGAGCAGCUCAACAAAAACGUACCUCGUUGAUCUACCUGUUUAGGCGGGCGUGCGUGAAACGUGGAGGCAACUGCGACCACAGGCCCAACGACUGUUGCAACAGCUCCAGCUGCAGAUGCAAUCUGUGGGGCACCAAUUGCCGCUGCCAGCGAGUGGGGUUCUUCCAGAAAUGGGGCUAAAAUGUCUUCCAGGCCGCUCACUCCGAUGCACAAUUCCUAUAAUUUCGUUUUUCUUUCAUUUUUCCUACCAAACGUUUCGCCUCACCGCUUCAAGGACGAUCGUCGGAUCGUCGAUCGUCGAGAUCUCGUUUUAGCUUCACUAGCGCCACUUUGGGACCUCGAACGUCCUUACUAGAAUCAUAGUUAGCUAGCAAACGUGCUUAGUUUUCUAUUUACGCGAUCCUCAGCUCAUCCAGCGAGAGAUUUGUUAGCUGGGAACACCCGAAAUGAGCCUCACAGAUGGCGCACUUUUCUACGAAUUUACUGCACGAUUCAUUUAAAAGUCGACGACUUUUUGUUCUCCAUUAUUGCCUUCGUUUCCCAUCCAAAUCCAGUGAAUCUCUCUAUUCUGUUCCCUGUACCUUUUAUUCCCUUAUUUUCUUCAAAUCCACGUUAUGGAACAAUGAGACUUCCAUCGAUCUUGAUCCCUCUUAUUUUACAUACGUUAGUCCUGUACGAUCGUUACCAGUUGCAGUUUGCUACGAAUUAAUCUGUACUUCGAGGCCUUGCGCAACUCUGUGAAUAAAGAAACCCCAUCGAGGCGCGGACGAAAGGAAAAUGGCGCGUUUUUACUGUCUUCGACGCUUGAUAAUUUUUAUUUCGUGGAAAGAAACGAGACUGCUGUUAAUUACGAAUUACGAAUUACGAAUUCUAGGCUCGAGUAAACCGAUCUAACGACAAUGAGCGAAUUACUUUAAGCAUUUUACGAUAAGUGAAGUUUGAAUUGCGACAAAGUUAUUCGUUUCGUAAAAAUGGCGCGAGAAUUCGAAAAGCAUGCAAUUUGUUUAGACGAUUGAGUUCCGAUUUCUAUUUCUGUUAGAGACAUUUUCUACGUAAUUUGGAACCUGUGUGAAAUUGUGUAAAAUAGGAAGAAAGCGUGGAGAUUGGUGUUUUUGGUCCGUGAUCUUCUUCGAUUUAGCAGAAAUUGGAAGCUUGAGACGAGUUUUGAGAGACGAGAGAAAUUUUUGGAUACUCUGUCCUCUGAUUGGCGUUUCUUCUAGCCACUUUAUCCAAUCAGACGACAGUGUGUUGCUUUUAUAGUCGCUAUCGAAGAGGAUCAUGCCUGAUAACGUAGAUCGAUUGAAAUUGCGAGGCACAAAUGAUGAAAAUCUCUCCUAUUGAAUUUUAAACGUACUUACCUACGUCUAUGCAUACUAAUUAUACAUUUCAAAUACAAUAAUGGAUGUUAUCGUAUCGUAUAGGAAGGUGGAUGUACA